AUACUGUUUUUCAGCCUCUUUAACAUCUGUUAGCAUUUUGGCAGCCACAGAAGAAAACAGCGAAACUCCAAAGUUGAGGGGAAUCAAACGUAGAACAAUGGCCAAGACACUGAUGGUGCGUCCGUACGUUGUUACAUCCUCGUCACGCGGGGCAAGCAGGCUCUUCCUCCGACAAGCUCAGCCACCGAAAUCCUUUGUGUCCGCGGUUUUAUUGAAUAGAAGUAUGCACGCCGGGUGUACUAAACUCCACGCUCCUAGAAAUUGUAUUGGAGAAGGUUAUGCUCAUGGAAGGUCAUCUGGGUUCAGGUUCGUGCCGGUGGAUGGUCGGAGGUUCAGCACAAGAGCCACGCAUGUGAACGAUGUUGGGUCCAUAGACUCCCCACUCAGGCAGUCGAUGGAGAAAAAGAUCAAGGAAGAUCUCAACGCAGAGUCAGUCACUGUAAAAGAUGCUCAUGGCGAUGGUCGGCAUGUCAGCAUUGAUGUUGUCUCUUCAGCCUUUGAGGGACAAUCAGCUGUUAACAGACAGAGGAUGGUGUACAAAGCCAUUUGGGAGGAGCUUCAGAGCACAGUGCAUGCAGUUGACCAAAUGACUACCCAAACUCCCACUGAAGCAGCUGCUGAAAAGUAAUGAAGCCUUAAGAAAAGCUUAGUCUGAGGCCAGAUUCUCUUUAACGGAUUUCCUGGUUGUGGACUUAUAAUAAAACUCUCUGCCUCAGCUCCCUGUUGCAGUCACUGGCUUCAUCUGAACUCCAUUUAUUUGAACAGCUUGCAUUUGACAGGACUCGUUGCUAUGGUAAUUGUGAGUCUCCCAGAAUGGGGGUGGUGACUGGAGAUUCACCCCCAGUUUUGUUUUUGGUAUUUUUUUUUUUUAACCUUUUUUAUUUUGUUGUUUUAAAAUCCUGUGCAUCUUUGAAGUUAAACAAUUACUAAAGAUUGUUUC